UCCCUAAUUUCGCGCCCUUUGGUGUUCAAGCACGCAACUUUGCGCCUUUCUUGACAACAUAACAUCUUUAUUGACAACAUAGUACCUUUCACUUGUACAAACCUCUAUCAAUCUAACCUACUUAUAAUACGUCCCCAGCCCAUCAUGGACGUCUUACUCAACAGCUCUGGAGAUCUUCCAGCUGCAAAGCACUUUCAUAUCAAUCCUCCCAGCACAUUAAAGACCCGCGCCCAAAUAAGUCGAAACCACUUCGUUCGCGCCACAGCAAAGCGUCAGUCCCAACACAAAGGCGCCAACCUGUGCCGCGACACCGGUUUCCCCUGCACGACUUCAAGUUUUGGAGAAACGCACUGUCUGCGCUGUGGACAACAGGAUAGUACAAACACAAACGGAGGCGCGCGCCGUCCUCAGCUCGAAAAGAUCCUGCACUACGAGAUCUCGACGGGGAACUUGCAGCGCGCGAAUCCACGAUGGACACACGUCCAUCGGAACCGCAUGGCCCGGAAACAUGACCACUCCAGUCUUGGUGGUUCUUCCGAUGAGGUCGAGGGGAGAGAUCUAGCGAACAGCAGGAUCUCUCUGCCUGUUGACCGCUUUCGGCUCGUGAGGAGACCUACGCUUGAGAGGGAGGAGGCAUUUCGCGAUGCUUCGACUGCGAGGGGGAAUGUGUACCUUGGACGAAAGAUGCCCAUGACGGAGGACGAUGAAGUCGCUGAGCUGUAUCGCAUGGGACUGCUGUACGACGACGAGCAGAUCAGGGGCGAGGGCUUCAAUCUUGACAGUAUCAAGCACGAAGAACCCACCUACUCCAUCCGCCCAGCCAAGCGAUCCCGCAAGAAGCGCGCUCAGAGCUUUAGCUUCAACCAGCCUCUUCAUCUCGAUCUCUCCUUCACAGACCUCGGCGGCUCCCAAGCCCUCGCUCAAAUCCUCUCCUCCUCCGACGACACAGUCCCCUCCGCCACACCCACACGCAGCUUCGCUCCUCUGCGCGUGAUAUACGAACUCGACGGUUCAAACCCCUCCUUCGACGUCGAUACGUCUCAACCCCCCGAUCUAAUCUCAGACUACGAUUGUCUUUCCGACAGUGAACUCGACGAUUUACCCUCUCAGAGGGAAUUUCUAGAUAGUGCAGCUACGCCUGGUUCAGAGACGUGGGUGGUGCUAGGUGACGACUCGUAGCAGGUCCGAACUCGGAAUACGCAAACUGCAGUUUUGUGGUUCUGAGCAAAGAUAUAGCGAUGGGAGAGCCUCAUCGUCGGACUGGUCCUCAUUAAACUUGGCGCUGCCUGGGAGUUUCUGAACUGGGGUGAGGCGCUGGUGCUCGCAGAAAUGCUUGAGCAUCGCGAUGGAGUUACUUAUUAUGGGUAGCGACCUGCUUGCAUAGUUGAAACGAGUGCUGUUUUUGUUUUGGAUUUGUCCUACGGGACUUUGGAUAUUGUUAUUUAUAUAGCGCAAUUGAUGGUUCAGCCUUGAUCUGAACCUGUACUAUCUCCUCAA